UGUGCGUACGUGCGAAACACAUUUCCGUAAAAAUCGUUGUUACCCAAAUUUUACUGUGAUUUUGAUAAUAAAUGAGAAUACUGUGAACACUUCGUCCGCAUGAAUGGACCACAGAACUAGGAAACGUGUGAGAGAAGCUAAAUUAAAAGCUAGGCCAGAGUUGGGCACUGAUCCAGAUGGCUGGUAUAAGAAUGGGUACCAUGAAACGAUAGACUUGUCAAAGUCAUCUGUGAAGGAUAAUGUAGAGAGAGUGGAUGCGAGAUCGAUUACAAUAGAACAGUUCCGUGAGAAAUACGAGCAAACAUAUACACCAGUAGUCAUCACACAUUUGCAAGAUGAUUGGCAGGCUGGGCAGAAGUGGACACUUGAUCGAUUGUCAAAGAAGUAUCGUAACCAAAAAUUUAAAUGUGGAGAGGAUGAUGAAGGCUACUCUGUGAAGAUGAAGAUGAAAUAUUUCACUACAUAUAUGGAAAAUAAUAAAGAUGACAGUCCAUUGUAUAUAUUUGAUAGCAGCUAUGGAGAGCAUGCAAAGAAGAACCGAUUGUUAGAAGAUUAUCAAGUGCCAAAGUUCUUUCAGGAUGAUUUAUUUAGAUAUGCAGGCGAAGAUAAAAGACCACCAUACAGGUGGUUUGUUAUGGGAUCAGCGAGGUCAGGGACAGGAAUACAUAUAGACCCGCUCGGAACCAGUGCCUGGAACGCUCUCAUUAGUGGAUAUAAAAGGUGGUGUUUGUUACCAACUCACACAUCCAAAGAUCUGAUUAAAGUAAAGUCAUCGGAAGGAGGCAAACAGAGGGACGAGGCAGUCACCUGGUUCAGGGUCAUGUAUCCAAGGUUACACCUACCUACCUGGCCAAAGGACUGUAAACCAUUGGAGAUUUUACAGAAACCAGGAGAGACGGUAUUUAUUCCAGGUGGCUGGUGGCAUGUAGUAUUAAAUCUCGAUAACAGCAUAGCAGUUACACAAAACUUUUGUAGUGUUGUAAACUUUCCCAUUGUCUGGCAUAAAACCGUUAGGGGAAGACCCAAACUCUCAAGAAAGUGGUUACGAAUAUUGCAGGAGUCACGCCCAGAAGUAGCAGCCAUGGCAGAGAAAGUUGAUCUCCAGAAACCUACUGGCUUUAACUCGGACAGCAGUAGUUCCGGUUCCUCAAGUUCUAGUACCUCCGACUCGGAAAGUGACUCGGGACGAGCAUCAAGAAAUAAAAGGAGAAGAAUAUCAAGAUCUGGAUCAAAGACAAGGUCAGGGUCAUGUUCAAGGUCAAGGUCAGUAACACCAAAUGGCAGCAACCAGCACAGAGCUCGCCGAUCUUCAUCGUGCAGCAGUGCCGACACUUCGAGUCGGAGUCAUCGCAGCAUCUCAAGCACACCGAAAAACUACAGAUAACCAAGGGCCGUGUGUAGUUUCUUACACACAGACUUGAGUGCUUUAACAACAGAAAUAAUUGUUACUUAUUUUCAUAUCUGAAUUUGUUAUUGACUUUAUUCAGGUCGCAGAUAUAUACUGUUAUAAUAUGCAUUGAUCAAUGAACCAUUUAUUUCAAGCAAUACAUUAUGUAUUUCAUUUGUGUUGAAAUAGAAAAUAUUUGCUUUUUAUAUGCCAGUUUUGGAAAAAUGAGAUGUAAUGUGUGAAGGAGCAUCUAUCUGUCCAUAAUAAUUCAUGUCCAGAGCAAAACUUAAAAACCAUUCAAGAUGUUACUUUAAACUUGGCAUAUAGGUAGUUGGCAAUGAUGUGAUGUGCAGAGCCUAAAAUGGGGUCAGUAGGUUAAAGGUCAGGGUCACAGAUAGAGCACAAAGGUCAAAUUUUUCGCUUGAAUAUUUUGUCUAGAGCACAAUUUAACGACCAUUUAAGGUAUUGACUAUAAACUUGGUAUAUAGGUUGAUAGUGAAUAGACAAUAUGCAAAGCACAUAAAUUUGGUCAAUAGGUCAAAGGUCAUGCUCAUAAAGGGAGCUCAAAGGUCGGGUUUGUCCAUCUUCCAUGUCCAGAGCAUAACUUAAUAGCUUUUCAAGGUGUUUGCUUCAAACUUGGCAUAGAGGUAAGUAGCAAUGAGACAAUAUGCAAGAGCACAUGGACCAGGUUGGUAGGUCAAAGGUAAAGGUAAAAAGUCUUUCCUUCAUAUUUUAGUUCUGGAGCAUAACUUUACCCAUUCAAGGUAUUGACAUCAGACUAUAGGUAUGUGUGGGUGGGACAGUUUGCACAGUGCAUUAACUGGGUUGGCAGGUCAAAGGUUAAGGUCACAAAUUGAGCCCAAAGGUCAAGUCUGUCUCUUGUUUAUUUUGUAUCUUGAGCACAACUGCUAUUUGAGAUAUUUACUUGAAACUUGGCAUAUACUAGUAGGUAGGUGAUGAUCAGACAGUAUGCAGCAUGUAAUUGUACUUUACUCCCCCUUACCCCAUUUAAUAAAAGAAUUACCUUUAGCCUCUUUUGCUUAAGUAUCGAGUCACCACCACUUUACAAAGCCCCUGAUCUGCCCCAACACUAUCAACUGCCACAUUACCCCCCGACCCUCACAUGUACACUCAUAUUUUCUUCAAAUUUUACUUCCUCUUCUGAGCUGAAGCUUGGGACGUAUAUUGCCCAGCUUUGAGAAGCUCUUGUUGCAUUAGUUUGUUUGUUGUAAGGAAUAUCGUAAAAAAGCCAAAAUAGGGACGUUUUAUUUUAAGCUAAUUUGCUAUCAUGACUGCCCUUCAUCAGUUGUCGUCUAUCUAUUGUUUGUUCAUCAAUUUUUGUCAUUCAUAAAACUAAUAUGGAAUGUGUAUAGCUGCAGUAUUGUGACACUUGAUUUAGUUAUAAUUGCUUUAUUUACACUCUGGAAUAUUUAAGUAUUUAGUUGUUGGAUCAACAUGGCCAUCUUGUUUAAACUUUUAAGAAAAGCUGCAUUAACAAACAUUAGAUUAUAUGUAUUAUUUUUAUGCUAUUUUUUGUCAGCGCAUUAAUGGAGUGUGUAAAUGUUGAUUAAGUUAUAAGUUUUUGUUGAGAAAAAAAAUCAUGCUGAAUGUCAUAAAACAUAACUUACGGGAUGCAUAAUUUAUGUAUUUACUGCAACCUCAGUCUUUUAAAAAUGGAAGUUGCCACAUGACUUGUGUUGAUAUGACUUAAAAUUCAACAAACUACACACAAGAUUAACAAAUAUAAAAUAAGUGUUAAAUUGGUAAUUAUGUUGUAACCAUUGAUAGUGAUACUGUCAGCGAGUUUGCAUACUGCUUUUCUGGAAUAAUUUCAACUGUAACCCAAAACAAAUAACAGUAUUAUCCCUGUUUUGACUACUUUGUGCUUCUUUCCACAUAAUGUGAGUAUUAAUAUAUAAAUAUAUGCUCUUAUUAAUUAUAUAUUGUUGAAUUAACACAGCAAGGUGCUAGGCAUUGUUUUGUAGGUAGGAUUUUUUUUUUAACUUUUUGUUUUUAUGCAAAAAUAUAUAGCAGAUUGAAUAAUUUUUCAGUAUUUCUUCUAUUGAAAUAUCUUUUACUUGAAUGACACUUCGAUUUCUGGGUGUUUUUUCUCUAUAAGGUUCAAAUCAUAUUUGUCUUUUAUUGUGCGAUUUGGCAAAUUUCACAGUAACCUUACAAACCAGAGAUAUAUCAACAAUAUUAUUACAUCUUGAUCAUAUCUCAGGCAGGAAUUCUUAACGAACUUCCGAGUCGUCAAUGCUACAUUUAAACAAAGUUUUGUUUAAGUUCCGUAAACAGUCGGUGAGAAUAACUCUCUGUAUAGCAUGACUACAAAACUAUUUUAGAUUGUACUGAAUUAUUAAAAACUUACUGGAACAUAGGUGUUUGUGGCAGGAAGUACUUAGGCAGUUUUACACAGAUUUUAAUGAAACCUCAUACACUCGAUCACCAUGAAUUGUUGAUAUUCCUGACAUAUUUUUGUCAGACAAAUCUUUGCAGACUUAUGGGUUAUUGGACUUGAACUAAAUACAUUCACUGAUAUUAUUGGUAGAUGAGAGUUUGUGACCUGAACUGCUUCAGCACUUGUAAUGGUUUAUAAUGAAACUUCAUAAACAUUAUCACAAUGAAUUGAAGUGUGUGUGAAAUUUUCUUUUUGGUCAGUUGAGGCAUUGCAGAGUUAUAUGCACAGGAGUAUGGCUUCGGAAGUUUGGAAAACUUUGUGGUAAUUUAAUGAGUGGCAUAAAGGUAUACUAGACCAUAAUUUCAAAUUUGAACAUAUUAUUAUAAUGUGUUUAUAAUAAGAGAAACUAACCACAUUGUGUUUCAGUACUACAUUUUUAGCUUGACUUUUCGAGAGAAAAAAGUAGAGCUAUUGCACUCGCCCCAGCGUCGGCAUCGCCGUUGGUUAAAGUUUUUGAUAAAGUCAAAUAUCUCUGUUACUAUCAAAGAUAUUGACUUGAAACUUAAAACAGUUAUUAACAACCAAAGUCUACACCAGGAGACACUCUGGUUUUGAAUUUUGACAGAGUUAUGCCCCUAUUUAACUUAGAAAUUUUUUGUUAGAGUUUUUGAUAAAGUCAAAUAUCUCUGUUACUAUCAAAGCUUUUGACUUGAAACUUAAAAUAAAUAUUUACUAUCAAAGUCUACACCAGGAGAAACAAUCCACAUAACUCUGGUUUGAAUUUUGACAGAGUUAUGCCCCUUUUUAUCUUAGAAAUUUUUGGUAGAAGUUUUAUAAAGUUUUUACUGGCAAAGCUCUAAUUCAGAAAAGUUGAGCACACUGUCAUCAGACAGCUCUUGUUGAUUUAUAAAGCUGCUAUUUUCUGGAAAGAAAUUAUAAUGAAUAGUAACUUAAUCUCAAAAAGACCAUAAUAAAUUAAUUGUUAGGUUAUCAUCACCUGUGUGUGGCUAUUUUUAUGCCUCCCGAACCUUUUUAUUUUCUACAUUUUUAAAUGAAGAUUGGAUUUUUUUUUAAGAAUAUAUUUGGAAAGAUAAUAUUCAUCAUUUAAUAAUUACUGUUUUUUUUUAUUAUCACAAAAGUUUAACUGAAAUAAUUUCAACUCUGUUGCAUACAUGUACCAUACUUUGGUUUUAAAUUUUAGCUUGUCAUCUUAUGUAUGUUUUUUGUAUAGGAUACGAUCAAUUUUCAGAAAAGAAAAUUCAAAAAUUGAAAUCCUCCCUUAUGUAGAAAAGUUUGGACAAUAAUCUAACAUUUUUUAUAUAAUCGCCUUACCAGUACAGAAUUACACCAGACAUAGGUCUGUAUGACAUUACUGGGAACAGGUGGUCAUGUUGUGUGCCCUUUCUCAUAAUUGAAUGUGAGGUUGAUUAAUUUCAAAUAUGUGAUUGUACAUUGUUAGUGUAGAUGUAAAUUUCUUCAGUAACUGCAUAUGUUCAGAGAAUAUGGUAAAUGUAAAUGUCUACAGUAAAUGCACACGUUUAGUGAUUGAGGUAAAUAUAAAUUUCUGCAGUAAAUGCACACAUUCAGUGAUUGAGGUAAAUGUCUACAGUAAAUGCAUAGGUUCAGUGAUUGAGGUAAAUGUAAAUUUCUACAGUAAAUGCACACGUUUAGUGAUUGAGGUAAAUGUAAAUUUCUACAGUAAAUGCACACAUUCAGUGAUUGAGGUAAAUGUAAAUUUCUACAGUAAAUGCACACAUUUAGUGAUUGAGGUAAAUGUGAUUUUCUACAGUAAAUGCACACAUUCAGCGCUUGAGAUAAAUGUAAAUGUCUACAGUAACUGCAAAUGUUCAGAGAACAAGGUAAUUGUAAAUGUCUACAGUAACUGCAAAUGUGUACUGAUGAGUAUAGAUUUAUUUCAGUCUUUGGAUCUGGUAGAUACAUUGUUUAAUGAUUUAAAGUAUUUACUUGAAGUUCAUCAUAAAAGUCUGCCUUGUGGAAAAAAUGGAUAAAUGAUGUUAACCCUUAGCCUGCUGGCGGCAAGCGAUUCUGCCUUUGUGACCAGUGCAGACCAAGAUCAGCCUGCACAUCCGUGCAAUCUGAUCAUGGUCUGCACUGUUCCCUAUUCAGUCAGUAAAUUUUUAGUAAACACCCCUUCAGAUGAUAAAUGGUACUGCCCAAACUGGAAGAUGGACCAGUCCAUAAUAGAAAUUUAGCAUGGUAAGGGUUAAAACAAUUUUGCAUAUGCUUUUAUUUCUAGCCCGUCCGCUUAGCUCAGUAAGGAGGGUGCAGAUCUACGGAUUGCAGGGUUUUGAGUUUGAUCCUUGGAUAAGACAUGUAUUCUCUGUUACGACUUGAUUAAAGACAUUGUGUCUGAAAUCAUUCGCCCUCCAUCGUUGAUUCAUGUGGAGAAAUUUGCAGUUUCUUGCAGAGAACAGGUUUGUACUGGUACAGAAUCCAGGAACACUGGUUAGGUUAACUGCCCGUCAUUACAUAACUGAAAUACUGUUAAAAAACAGUACUAAACCCCAAACAAAGACUUUUUCUAAAUUGGUCUGUCUAUAUUUAUAUCUAGCUAAGUAACCUUACUCAAAACAGACAUACGGCUGGAAAAGAGGUUGAGUAUUUUUUGUCUCAAGUUGGAAAAAGUGAAGUUAAAUUUUCUUUUGAAAACAUCCUCUUGAACAUGGUGUUAUCUUGUGAAUUCAAGACAGCAGCAGUUGUAAAAAAAUAACGUUAAAAACUACUGAAAAAACUCAUAAGCGAAAUAUUUUAUAUCUUGAUUAUUCAAUGAUUGAUUGUUAGGAUGAAUUAUUCAGUUUAUAUGUAUCGUAAUAAAAUGUUUUAUGCAUCUGUUUAUUUUCUGUCGUUUCAUGCAAUCAUGUGCUAUAGACAUUUGUAUACAUAAUUGCUUUUAUAAUCAGUGGAGUACUUUAAUUGCAAGAAGUAACUUGAUUGAGUUUAUAUGGUCUUUCUUUGUCAUGGAAUCAUCUAUUCUAUUCUAUAGUAGUUAAUUUUCCACCUUGUAUAUGUUUCUUUGAUUGACAUUUCUGUUAUUUUGACCAUUGUAAAUAAUUCACAUUCAUUCAUUCAUAUUUUACAAAAGAAUUUUAUUGAAAAGUUA